UAAAAUUUUGUUCAGUAUCUCUCUCUCUCUGACUCUAUCCAUGGCUCGAGUUUGUUCGAAUCCAGUUGGUCUUCAAAGAUUCCCGCCAUCUUUUCAUCCUAUACAUCAAUCUCCCCAACAAAUUAAAACUUGUCUCAACUCUCAACACAAGAGUCGCAGAUUUCCCACUCUUGUAGCUUGCCAAACAACUCCUAAUCCUCCUGAAACUAAACCGGAAGAAGUAGUUGUGGAGACUGAUUCAGCGACUGAUAGCACCAGUACUCAGGCUACAAGCUCGUCCACGGAUUCUGGUUUUACUCAAUUCCCAAACAAAGAAAUCAAUAAGCGUGUAGCAAUUGCUUCUACUCUUGGUGCACUAGGAUUUUUCUUGUUUACACGACUAGAUUUUGGUGUUUCUUUGAAGGACUUAACAGCCAUUGCGUUACCUUAUGAAGAGGCCCUCUCAAACGGGAAGCCCACUGUUCUGGAGUUCUACGCAGAUUGGUGCGAAGUAUGUCGGGAAUUAGCUCCUGAAGUAUACAAAGUUGAACAACAAUACAAGGACCAAGUGAAUUUUGUUAUGCUGAAUGUCGAUAAUACGAAAUGGGAACAAGAGCUUGAUGAGUUUGGUGUUGAGGGUAUACCGCAUUUUGCAUUCCUAGAUAGAGAUGGGAACGAGGAGGGUAAUGUUGUAGGCAGACUUCCAAGGCAGUACCUGCUUGAGAAUGUGGAUGCUCUCGCCCGUGGAGAAAUCUCAAUUCCUCAUGCACGUGUUGUGGGGCAAUUUUCAAGUGCUGAGAACAGGAAGGUCCAUCAAGUUGUUGCUCCCAGAAGCCAUGGAUAGCUUCUACCUUCCCCUGGAAAAUUGACAGAUCAACUUUGUGACUGGAAAUAUACAUGCAAGGCUGAAAGUUAUAUGGAAACCUUGGUUACCUGUAAAGUUAAUUCUUUUUUGGAAAGCCAAUGACAACCUCUCAUAUGGGGCUCGUAGUUGGGUCUAUGGGUCAGAUUUUUUUCGUCAAUUGUAAAAACUUGUCUGGGAAGAAUCCAUUGUAGUACAACCAACAGAUGUUUGGUUGUGAUAUUUUUAAACUAUGCAUCUCCUUGAUCUCAAGUGUUUGGAACUUCAGCUCU